AUGGAGACGCCGUCCGGAGGAAACUCCAGCAGCCUAGACGAAUCGGAUGAAACUUUCCCACACGGACCACUGGUGUUUGCCAACUCCUCCGAACAGGACGUAAACUUGGCCAAACAGUUCUGGAUCUCGGCGUCGCUGUCUCCAACUAAGGAAUCUCAGUUGGUGGUGUCCAGAGGUAGCAGGCAGCGUCUGCCGGUGGCGCGGGCCUCUGGGUGCAGUGUGCCAGAGGGUACAGACCUUAAGGAAGCUCUGAAGACUCAGGAAUCUGAGGAGAAACUAAAGUAUCUCCAAAAGGCUAAAAAGAGAGAUGAGAUUCUCCAACUCUUAAGGAAACAAAGAGAAGAAAGGAUCAAGAAAGAAAUGAUUUCCCGUCAUGGUAAAACCAAGGCCAAAGUACACAAAGCAACGAAAGUGGUAACAGAGUCAGAUGAACAAGAUCAAGAAGAAGUCAAAGCCUUGGACUAA